UCCGUUUGGCAGCAAGUAAAUCUCCAAGUGUUUUUUAAUUCGAAGGCCGACAAAAGAUGUUGUAGAAUGAAUGAAGGGAAAAAAUACGGAAUCCUGAAGCUAAGAUAAUUGCUAGCAUCUCUGUGGCUGUAAACAUGACUUGACAUCAUGAUGACCACUGCAUUCAUGGCCACUGGGUGAUCCACUGAAUCAUGGAGCUGAAAGUAUGGGUGGACGGAGUCCAGCGGAUUGUUUGUGGCGUCACAGAAGUUACAACGUGCCAAGAAGUUGUGAUAGCACUUGCUCAGGCUAUCGGUCGUACAGGAAGAUACACCUUGAUAGAAAAAUGGAGAGAUACCGAGAGACACCUGGCACCUCAUGAAAACCCCAUCAUCUCCUUGAAUAAGUGGGGGCAGUACGCUAGUGACGUGCAGUUAGUAUUACGGCGCACAGGACCAUCUCUCAGUGAGAGGCCAACCUCAGACAGUGUGGCUCGGAUACCGGAAAGGACUUUGUAUCGGCAGAGUUUGCCCCCUCUGGCCAAGCUGCGGCCUCAGAACGACAAAGCAAUAAAAAGGAGAGAGCCAAAGAGGAAGUCCCUCACUUUCACUGGUGGGGCAAAAGGAUUAAUGGACAUAUUUGGCAAAGGCAAAGAGUCCGAGUUCAAGCAGAAGGUUCUCAGCUGCAAGACGACCAUCGAUGAGCUGAAGAAACUGAUUCAUCUGCAGACAGAGAAGCUUCAGUCGGUUGAGAAGCAGCUGGACUCUAACAAUGCCGAGAUCCAGUACUGGGAGCAGAGGUACACGUACAGCCUGGAAGAUGAAAUUGUCAAACUGGAGCAGAAGAUCAAAAGGAACGAGGUGGAAAUUAAGGAGGAGGAAUUCUGGGAAAACGAACUCCAGAUUGAGCAAGAGAACGAGAAGCAGUUGAAGGAGCAGCUGCAGGAGAUCCAGCAAAGGAUCACGGACUGUGAGGGCAAGCUGAAGGAGUACGUGGCCCAGAUUCACAGCAUGGAAAGCGGCCUGGAGGCCGAAAAGUUGCACCGGGAAGUGCAAGAGUUAAAAGUCAAUGAAGAAGUAGUCAAAGAGAAGAUGGACAAAGUGAAAGGAGAAAUUGAUAUCCAGGGGCAGCAAAGCCUCCGGCUGGAAAAUAGCAUUAAAGCUGUUGAAAGGUCUCUGGGCCAGGCUGCCAAACGGUUGCAGGAGAGAGAACAAGAACUGGAGCAGCUGACCAAGGAGUUGCGGCAAGUGAACCUCCAGCAGUUUAUCCAGCAAACGGGGACCAAAGUCACUGUGCUGCCUGCCGAGCCCUCUGAGCCGGAGGCUUCUUCGCCUGCGGAGCCUGAGAGAGAAGCAGCAUUCCAGUCUGGAAGCCUGAAGAGGCCCAGUUCGUCAAGACAGCUUCCCAGCAACCUUCGGAUCCUACAGAAUCCACUCUCGUCUGGUUUUAACCCAGAAGGCAUUUAUGUAUAACACUGCAUUCCUCUUCUGGAGAGGACCGAGGAAGGGGCCACGGACGGUGUACCUUCCCCUCCUGUUGCUUCUGUUCUCCUAGUGAUGUAUGGAGAGAGGCGGGGAGGGGGAAGGGGGGGGUCCUGCCUUUCAGAAGCCACCAAGUUGUUGGUGUGUUUAUUUUUAACCAGACCUACAGCAGACUUGGAAUCCUGCCCUGUGCACUGAAUGGACGAUGACGAUAAAGAACAAAAGGAAAUGUCGAGGCAUGCCUCUUUGGCAAUAUUGCAACGGCCACCAAGCCGUGAUCAUGCAAAUAACCUCCACUUUCAUUGUUGCCAUUUCUGAUGUAAUUAGAUAAUUAUUAUUCUUUAGCUGACGUAAGUGACUGAUCCUGAACGCGAGGAAGUGUUUGUGUGAUUAAGGGUUAGGGUUUAAUUUAUUCCGCUGAAUCUGUGGAUGUGUGCAUGUUGACAUGUGUGGCUUUCCCCCUGCAGUUCUUGGCAAAGAGUGGCACUGACGGUCCAGCCCCGUCCAAAUGACCUUUCCCAUCUCUGCCUGUGGAGAGUGACUCUGAGGCUGCAUCAUGCUCCAUCCGUUUGUGAGUUCCCCCACUGCCUUUCCACAUUGCUGGCUGCCCCUGGCAGGGGCAGAGAAAUGCACACCACGAACAUACGUCCACAUGGGUUAAGUGAAAUGAUGCGCUGUAGUGGGAUGGCGAGAAAUCAGCACCGGCUGGCCAGUUUCUAGCAGCAGUUGGGUAUACUGCAUAGUUCUGCCUUAAUGUCAUAUUUGCAGUGUGAAAUGGUGCGCGCAUGGGUGACUGUGAACAUACAUGAAUGAGUGUGAGCGUAGAGUAUUUCAUUGCUGUGAUUCACAACGGCAGGGUGCUGUUGAAAAGAAGGUUGCUGAGUCUCCCUUUUUGUUUUGUUCAAAGGUCUUUGAUAUUUUUGUUCUGUUACCAAUGACAUUAUACAACUAUUGUCAGAUUUUUUUAUAGGCUUAUCUUAUCGUCUAAGAUCCACAAGAUUUAAUCCUCACCUAGUAAGGAUGUGUUCAGUAUUUGAGGAUCUUCUAGUUAGACAACAUGUUAUUAUAUGGAAUUUGUAUCCAAGAUAUUUUGACACAAUGAGUAUGCUUGUAGAGGAACAAAAAUACUGUUGCGAUACCUUCAGUUAAAUGGCUUGCCAAAGGAAAUUUCACUGGGUUGUUCUUUGGGGCGGUGAGUCAGGCAUCGUUUUCUGAUAAUUCUUGCAUUCUUCCGUUGUAACAGUCCAGUUUAAUACCGCCCUGCACUGCUUGCGAGCCGCCAAGCCAACCAGCCACGUACUGUUGCCUGCCUGAGGCUUGACUUCAGUCCCUGGCAGACAGAGCCCAGGAACAGACCGUCGGGGGGGUUCAGCGUGCAGGGCUGGUCCGGGAUGCCAAGGUCAAGAGACGGUAGCGGAAAUCACAGACGAUACAGGCUUGCUCACAGGACAAAAUUGUAUUGAGUAUAUAUAUAUAUAUGUGAGUGUGUGUGUGUGUGUGUGUACACACACACACGCACACAUUUUUAUAGUUUUGUAACAGUAUGCAAGAUUAUUUCUGAAAUCAGGGUUUAUAAUAGGAAAGAUGUAAAGAAAUUACCCAUUUUAAUAGAGCUCAUUUGGGUAUAAAGUGCAACCCAAAAUAACCGACUAUCUCUUGAGGGGAAGAAAUAAUUACAUGCCAGUAGGAAGAGAAAUAAGCGCAUGUCAGCCGCUGCCCAUGGCAGGUUUUGUCUUAGCAAUUGCAUCUGUGACAGCUGAAAUCCUGUGUCACAAUAACAGCCUUCAAGAGCACGAGUGACUUCAGUGUGUGCAAUGACACAAGUUCUGUGUCAGUAUCCAGGCCUUCCCUGUCGCAUUUCAUGUGCCUGAACAGCACCUUCUGCCAUCACAUGUGUGGAAGAGAGGCCCUCUGUGGUCUCCACAGCACAACCUGUGCAUUGGGAGCAAGAUUUAAGGGCAGUCCUGCCAACAGCCUUUGGGGCCAGAGGGGAUCACCUUGCAAAUGACGGUUCUGCCUAGAAGGUCAGUCCCUCUAAAGACCCACAAUAUCCUUUUAAUUAUUAGUGUCCACUCAGUCGUAUGCUGAUUCUUGCGUAAGUAUUGGUCGUUUUGACUAGAAGUCCGGGUGACCCUUUUCCAAAUGUACAUUGCAGGAGUAUGUUCCACCCUAAAGCGUAACAGACAGAUGCCUUGAGUUGAGGGAAAUGUCUCAACAUCCACGGGCGGGGGGGGAGGGUGUAUUCUGUUCUGGAUCUGGAUUUGACCUUGGCUGAACCUGCUCAGGGUCACGGUGCACAGUGCGUUCCUUAGGGGAAUAAUGGGGGAGGGGGCUUGUGGGUGGAUGAAGAAAGAGAGCCCUCUUACUGCCUGAUGCUAACCGCACGGUUUCCAGUAUUUGUAGCAGUCUCGUAGAAAUGGGGUUUAAAUGCACAGCCGUUUAUUUAAUGGGUUUUUCUUGAUUGAGUUCAUACAUUAGAUAUACGUCCCAUGCAGGUUUUUCACUCUUAAGCAAUUGUUUCAGUGCUAAGCAAGAUUGGGUUUUUGGACCAAGGAGUCCCCAGAAGACAUGUAAAAUCUGCACAUUCACAAAGCAGAAUACCUCAGGUGGUUUCUCUGUAAUUCUUCUCUUAAGUACUUAAAGAAGACCAUAAAGAAAACCUCGUCGGACUUGCUUGCUUGAGUGACAGCUCCUGUUAACGAUCUCAGCUGCUCAUUCUGUUCACGGUUGCACUCUAAUGAUGCAUACCACCAGCAAAAUACAUGGAAGUGUUGUUUUUGGUUUUCACUUUGUAAGUCUUCCCUCACUGUGGCAUUUCAGACAAACCUGUGAAGAUGUAAAAGGUCUGUUCAAAGAGCCCAUAGAAAACAGCCUCGCCCCCCUUUUCCUCUGUUCCCAAGUGGGACAAUAAACCGGCUCAGUGGCCCUUGAGCAGCCAGCCGUGUGGUUAUAUUUGGAGUACCCAAAAGAUUAACAGCAAGCCUUGAGGCUGUGUGCGGGUGCCAAGUGACUUGAACACGUAUCCCUUCCUUGGCCAGUCUGUUGUCAAAGCACAUUUCCUUCUCGUACAUGCAAGCCCACGUGUGCAUGGGGUGACAUGCCUGCAUCGUGCCAUUUUAAUGGUUCCUCUGGGGUAUUUUUUUCACCACAAUACAUGCGUCGAGAAGUCAAUAAAACAUUCCAGCCAAUCUCUUCCCUUGUUACAAAUGGUAUCCACAGAACAAUAAAGCCAAAUAAACAAAAUGGGACAUUCCUUCUUAUGUCACAUGACCAGCCAGAGUUGUAGUUGUGCCGUGCAGGACCUCUGGGCCGAUUCCUGUGAUCCGUUUCCUCCGUGGCAGCUGCACAGAGCACAGACGGCUCCUGACUGGUCAGAACGGCUGUCGUGGAAUUGGGGGUCGUGUCAGGAUACUCAGCAUGUGUGGCGAUGCCUCUAAUUAGCGUAAUUAGUCCUACUUCAUUAGACUGUAUGACUAUGUGAAAAUAAAACCUUUCUUUUAUAUGCAGAGGCAGCAAAAGAUUCCCGGUAUAGCAGGGUUUUUUAAAGCAAGACUGCCAUACCUGUGAGUUCCUGGAUUUUAAGCCUGCAUCUUUUGUCAGGCUCCCUUUCCACCCAUGUCAGGAGUUUUUAAAGAGGCCAAAGGAGUACAGACAGCUAAUACACCUUCUGGAAAACAUCUCCAUUCUGUUCAUGCUUGGACAUGCAUGCAGCCUCUUGGAUACGGCCUUGCAAGCAAGUCCCGUUGACAUGCGCGUCUUUGCUGCUGGUUGGCAACAGAAGGGCCAGAAGAGACUGUUUGGCGCAGUGGCUGGAAGGGAAGGAGGGAGAAGCUGGCUGGGCCCGGCACUUCCUCCUCUCAGACCUCAAAUAUGUGAGGAAUAGGAAGAUAUUCUGGCAAGAAUAUGUGGCUCUUGCUGCUGCCCACAUUUCUUGAAAGAGGCGUGCCUCGUUGCCCCAAAAGGUUGUGGCUCUUUAUGUUCCUAAGAGCUCUGAGUUUCUUUCAGGAGAGGAGGGGCACGGGAGAGAAGCUGGCCGACAGGUAGCUUGUUCGACAGCCUCAAGAGAAUAAAUGGGAUGUUCAGCGCUUAGCAACAUCAAGAGCCCUCCUGAGUGGCACCUCUGCAGCCAAAGGUCAUACACGUCCAGCCUAGAUUCUGUGUGGAGACUGGGGUCACCUUGCAAAACCCAAACCCAAGAACAAAAAACUCCCUUAAUAUGAAAUCCACCACGAGCAGACGCCUAAGCAUUGCCCCAAAGUGCAGGGUCUUGCUUGGGACCCUCGGUCCCUUGUUUGUGGGUUGAAAAUUCUGCCAACUUACAGGCCUGAAAAUAUAUACAGAUGAGAUGUAUAAACAAUUUCAUCUGAAAAAAAAAAGACUGAGGAGCUGUUGACCAUUAGUCAUAGGUUAUCUCUAUUGGGCAAACUCUAGACGUGACGGUGCCCUCAUGUCUGCCACAGGGAAGCCGCUGCCAUUUUCAAGUGAUUUAAAAAUGCCAUGUGGGCCAAAUCCUGAUUGGGCCUCAGUGCCUUUUCAAGGGCUGAAACAGUUGCAUGUACCCGCUCACCUGUUGCAGCACUUGAAAGGGGGGCGGGGGGGGGACAAGAGUGUCUUAGCUUGCCCUAUAGCUGGCCGAAACAGGAUUGGGCCCUCCUGCCAUUUUUAAAUCACUUUAAAAUGGCGGCUGCAUCCCUGGGGUGGACACAAGGAUCCUGUCAUGUUGUCUUUUUUGUGUGCAUGUAUUUCAAUACAGCAGAAUCUUGCAAGAGGACAUCUGUAUCUUGACUUAGCAUCGGAGAUAAUUUCAUUUGGUUCAAUGGUUCAUAGCUUGCGGGCACAAUAUUACAUAUUUAUGGGGAGGGAACUCUCUCGAAGUAUGCAGAUUUCCAGUGUGGCAAACUGGGCCUUAAUUACCCAUGUAAGUAACCAAACUCUAUUCAGAUUUAUUUUACAUUAUUGAAUAAUUCCAUGCUGUAUUUUUUAAUUAAAUGUCAAAAGUGUUACUUUUAUAUUCUAGCUUUUCUCCCCCUAGCGUUGAUUCAUGAACAUUUAUUCUGUUUGUUACGGUAUUCUAAGAUUUUGGAUGAAGGCCAUCCGCUGUAUGGAGAUUACGAAACAAGCAAUUCUGUCAGUUUAUUUAUUCAGUAUUUGUGCUGCUUUUUUUUUUUGAAAUAAAGUUUCUG